UUGUGUUGCUGGUCGAUGCUAACCACAGUUUGGCUAAAGGCAAAACACGAGGAGUUGUUGAGACACCGUUCAGUUGUUGACGGAACUGUCCCAUGAAAUGUCUUAAUGUUUCCGUGUGUUGAUGGAUAACACACACCCUAUAAUGGUUUAUUUAUUCUGCUAAUGUAGCUAGCCUGUUUGCUAGGAAGAGUUGACAUCUCACUGUUGGCCUCAGGUUAGCUAACACAGGCAACAUAGGAGCUGCAAUAAAGAGAGCUCCCGAUGCGGCUAAAGGACCCUUUCUCUUUGAAAGCCGUCGAUAUGACUAAGCGGACGAAUAAACCGAGGAAACCUCGAGACGAAGAGUCGUCAGAUGAAGUCAGUGGGUUGACUUGCCAGCAUGUUAGUAAGGCAGUGGACCUGAGCUCAGUGAAGAAGACGGUCCUGUCCAGCGUGUGGUUUAUGUGCUCUGAGUGCUUAAAGGAGAGAACCAUGAUCGAUGGAGAACCAGCAGCAUCACAUGACAUCCUGGUGUGUUUAAAGUGUGGUUUCCAGGGCUGUAAUCACUCUGGUAUCCAGCACGCUGUCAAGCACUAUCAAGCGUUCCAUCCCGAUUCUCACUGCAUCACCAUUAACUUGAGCACAUGGAAGGCUUGGUGUUUUGAAUGUAAUGAGGAGCUCUCCACUCACUGCAACAAGAAGGCUUUGGCUCAGUCCCUGGACUUUUUACAAAAGCACUCAGUCAAGGCAACGUCAGCAGCAUCACCCAAGAUCAUCAAGCUGCGAGAGGAAGCAUCAGAUUAUUCAACCAUCAACAACACCUUGGUUCCUGUCAAGGGCAUCAAUAACCUUGGCAACACCUGCUUCUUCAAUGCUGUCAUGCAGAAUUUAUCCCAGACGCACAUGCUCAUUGAGCUCAUCCAGGAAGUGAAGGAGAAAGGAUACAAGCUGAGGAUCUCCCCCCCUGUGGACACCAAUUUGAGUCUCUUGACAGUAACGCUGCCUAAUCCAGAGCCCCUGACAUCAGCCAUGUUUCUCUUCCUCCAAACCAUGAAAGAACCCGGGAAAGGCCACGUCAAUCCCAAGAUCCUUUUUAACCAGCUCUGUCAGAAAGCUCCACGGUUCAAGGGCUACCAGCAACAAGACAGCCAGGAGCUUCUGCAUUACUUACUGGACUCCAUACGAGUAGAGGAAACUAAACGGGUGAGGGCAGGCAUUCUGAAGGCCUUCAACAAUCCCACAGAGAAGACAGCAGACGAGGAGACCAAACGCCAAGUCAAAGCAUAUGGGAAGGAAGGUGUGAAGAUGAACUUUGUUGACCGCAUCUUUGUAGGAGAGCUGACCAACACAAUUAUGUGUGAAGAGUGUGAGCAUAUCUCCACAGUGAAGGAGGCUUUCAUAGACAUCUCCUUACCCAUCAUCGAGGAGAGGAUGUCAAAACCAUCCAAUCCUGGCAGACUGGGUAAGGGCAGCAAAGAGCAGGAUGCCCACUCGGCUCACACUGACCAGCUUCUUUCUGCAGCUCACUCUGCCAACCGAAACACCAGGAAGCUUAGUGGACAGAAGCAGCAGACCAGAAGGGCAUCGAGCUCUGUGGAGGAGAAAGGAGCAGGCUGUGGUGUGGAGCGACCAGAGGAGGAGGGGGUCGCUGGUGGUUCAGCCCAAAGUGUCACAGUUUGCAAGAUGGCCACUGCCGGCAGCCUAUCAGACAGCAGUGAAAGAGACUCCGCUGCUCAGGACAGUAGUAAUGACGCUGACAGUGAGGCUUCAGAGAGUGAGUGGGCCCCACACACCUCCUCCUCCAGCCACGGGCACGGGAAAGGGUCCACCCCAUCGUCCACCUCCACCCUCACUCCAUCCCCUACACCUGUCUCUGCCUCCUCCCCCGUAUCAUCGUACUCCACGAGGCAGGGUGGCACUGUGGAGCAGCUAGUUACUGCAGUGUCGAAAGUCAACAUGGGCUUCGGCUCUGGGGACUACUCACCUUCCACCAUGCAAUGUUCUUCAGAUGAGCAGGAAGAGGCACAGCCCCGAGAUAACCUCCACCAUCACCAGCACCACCAGGGGGCCUUCCAGUCGCUGUCCCACAGUUACACCCCUAGCUCCAAGGAGUGCUCCAUCCAGUCCUGCCUCCACCAGUUCACCUCUGUAGAGCUGCUGAUGGGCAACAACAAGCUGCUGUGUGAGAGCUGCACUGAACGCAGACAGAAACAGCUGCGGAAGAGUAGCUCAGCUGAUAAGAAGUUGGAGAAGAUUUACACCAGUGCCAGGAAGCAAAUGCUGAUAUCCUCGCUGCCUCCAGUCAUCACAUUGCAUCUUAAACGUUUCCACCAGGCAGGGAUGAACCUACGAAAGGUCAAUCGUCAUGUUGACUUCCCUCUGGUCUUGGAUCUGGCUCCGUUCUGUUCAGCAUCCUGCAAGAACCUGGCGGCUGGUGAGCGUGUCCUCUACAGUCUGUAUGGGAUUGUGGAACAUAGUGGCUCGAUGAGGGGGGGGCACUACACUGCAUAUGUAAAAGUGCGCUCUACCCAGAGGAAAACAGAUCAGCACCUCAGGAACCUGUCAGGUGCGAGGGAGGCCAGCGGCAGCUCCCUGGGCCAGUGGGUGUACGUCAGUGAUACCACCGUUCAAACAGUACCAGAGUCAAGGGUACUCAACUCUCAGGCAUACUUGCUCUUUUAUGAGGAAAUGCUGUAAUGUGACCAACAAGAGCAGUUUCCAUAAAAAUAUUUUACAUUGUAUUGUUUUUUUUGUUUUUUGGUAAAGCCUGUACAACUCCUCUUACUGAUCGUGUGAGUGGGUGGAGGAACGAAAGGGAAAAGGUUUCACAGUACACUCACUUUUCUUACAGAAGAAGAAUGGUCAUUGUACCAUAUACAAACAAAAUCUAAAUCUGAAAUGGGCACUUUUAAAUAUCUUAGAUAUAUAAAAGAGUAACAACAGAUGUUGAUAUUAUUCUUUUCUCCUUUGACAUAGUCCGAAUAUCAGUUGUUUCUAUUAUGAAAAAUUCUACCCUUUUUAUAAGAAGGUUGGGUAAGAGAAAAAAAAGAUUAUUUAACCUGAGCUAGCAUUAUCGUCUUUGUUCGUCUUUAUCAUCUCUCGGCCCCAAUCAUGUGCCUGAGAUAGAAACUGCAUGAAGGAGUUUGCUACAGUACCCAGCAGGAAAUAAGCAGUUAUUGCAUGCUAAACUGUCUUCAGCACUGACUAGUUGAUGUCAAUAUAGUGUGUGUGUAUAAUGUGCGUGUGUAUGCACAUACACGUGUGUGGGUGAGGGAGAGACAGGAGAAUGUAGUUUUAAGGUGCUGUGUGUAGCAUUUUCUAAUCAGUAUAUGACUGCCAGGUUAAAUUGGCAUACUUGGUAUUAUUAAUAUUAAAACUCAGGACCGGUGUAAUAAAGAUUGGCUCCUGUGUCAGAGCUCUACACAAACAAUUUCAUAAAACAAGGCACUAGCUACGACUUGGUGACAAGUAGGCCUGAUUGUAUAUUUUAAUAAUGGUUGGUAAGAAAUGGCAGAAAAAUGAAUUCAGACAUGUUCUGUUCCUUUACAGUAAAGACACAAUGACAAGUAGUAAUAUCAGUCAUGACAGAGUCGAUAAUCAUACAUUUAAGAAACUCCACUUCUUACUAGGAGAGUCCGUACCUCUGCCAAGGCUGAACAAUCCUACACAUGAUAAUCAAUUUCUUAUAGUAGAAAUUAUAAAGACAAAGGGAAGUGGUCUGAAAACCGAAAUCGCCCUUAAUCUGCAUCCGCACAGACAUUUUAUUGUUUCUUUUCAGGAACCAGGUCCCAUCCGUCCACCAAGUUUGGUGGAAAUGGGUUUAGUAUCUGGGUUUCUUUCAGCCUGUCUCUAUUUAACGGUGUGGUCUUUAAGUCUGAGAGCAGGACUUUGAUUUCGAGUUUAGAUUUUGUAAUGCUCUCACUCAAAACCCUCCGCUCACACUCAAAUAAGCACUGUUUGUGCUGGUAUUUGCUUGCUUGUGCUCAAACUGCGCUUGCACUCAUAUAUUUUGUUGCUUGGACAGAUCUCCCGAGCUCCAGCUUCAGCUUUCCUCCUGUAAUUAAACAGCUGGCUUAUUUAAUUUUCCACCCUCAGUGUGGGUGUGUUAGCUUUAUGUCUUUGAAAGUCCCAUACAUUCACAAGUUCAUGCACUACAAUUUAAUUUAAUUACACCUGGUGCUCAGUUGGUUGGGAAAUUUUGACAGACUUGUUGCACGAAAAAAUCCAAGAACAGAAGACAAAACCAGAGAGCAGAGGAAAUAUCCGAGAGCAGAUGUUUGACCCAUCACAUAGACAGCGUUAGUACAAGGAGAAGAGCUGAAGGUCCAUCUUAGUGCAAGCAACAAAAUAUCUGAGCAAUCAUUGCAAAAUCUCAACAUAAAAUUGAUAAGUCGUUAGAUAAUACACUAACUGGACACAAGUUAAUCACAUCUCACGGUAGUUUACUUACAUCCUGAAAUAGCUGCACACAGCUCCUUUUUAAAGAGUAGCACAACAGUUAUUUUACAGCCUACUUUAAAUGGAUUGUUUUAUUUUUCAUCAGAAUGUAUGAAUGUAAGACUAUCAGUCACUAACAUUUGCCAAAGACAAGUUUUUGCGGCUGCAUGUCAGAGCAGAAAAAAUCCAAACCAAACAUGCGAGGUGUUUACUUCAGCCAGAGUUUCAUUAGCAGUUGUUCUUUCAAUCAGUAUCUCUGAUUGUUUAGUGUUGCUGCACUGACACACUCGCCCGAUGCUCAUCAGCCCAACAAAGCACCAUGUUUGCCUUCCACUGUAUUUCAGCUCUACUGUAACUCUGUGGGCACACACACAAACCCAUUAAGAAGCCCAACAAAGAGUCAACACUGCAACAAUAACUCUUUAUUCCCUAAUAUUAUCAAUAAGGUUGAGCAAAAACAAAUAUACAUAUAAAAGGCUUCAAGCUGUACUACAAAAUCACCUUUGAUGUCAUGUGCAUUGGUUAAUGUUCUCAUGAAUGUAUUGCCUCUCCUUGAAAUGUCUGUCUCAUGAACUGUUCGUCUUUUUCUAUGAAAAUAUUUUGGGGGGGAUUGUUGGACUUUGCCAAAACAGUGUAAAAGGGAAAGGGUUAAACAUAUGCAUCACAGUCUAGAGGUUUGUUCUUUUCAUUUUAAAAAAAGGACAAACUCAGUGCUAAGGUUUAAGAAACCUGUGCAUGGUGAGAAGAAAAACAUGCAGAGUUAAAUGCAAAGAGGAACCUGUGGAAUAUUUAUGUACAGUAUAAAUUACUGUUAGCAAAAAUAAUAAUAAUGACUUUAUGUAAUUGUACAUACUAGAAGCUAGAAAAUGCUGGUGCUUUAGGGUUUUUCCUCAAGACGGAUGUUUGUUAUCAGAAAGACGUUUAAUUUCAGCAUUGAAAUAAUAAACAUUUUGAAAGAGUAUAACUAUAUACUGUAUCAAAAUAAAUCUAAUUUAUGAACUGAA